AUGACUAAGGUGACUAAUAAGCCCCUCGCCGCCGCCACGUUCUCCGUCCGCGUGCCGCUCGCCACCAUCGUGGACCCCCAGCAGCAGCAGCGGCUUCAGCUCUCGCCCCUCAAGGGGCUCAGCCUGGCGGACACGGAGAACACGCCCCCGAGGCUCAGCGGGACCCGCGUGCUGGCCGGCAACACCGCCCGGAGGAUCGCCCCGGAGCCCGCCGAGCCGAAAACUAAGGUGCUUGGCCGCCGCGUGGAGGACGAGCCACUACUGAGAGAAAACCCUCGUCACUCUGUCAUCUUCCCCAUCAAGUACCGCGAUAUUUGGCAGAUGUAUAAGAAAGCUGAGGCUUCCUUUUGGACAGCUGAAAAGGUGGCUCUUUCCAAGGACAUUCAGCCCCGGGAAUCCCUGAAGCCUGAGGAGAGAGACUUUAUAUCCCACGUUCUGGCUUUCUUUGCAGCGAGUGAUGGCAUCGUAAAUGAAAACUUGGUGGAGCGGUUUAGCCAAGAAGUUCAGAUUACAGAAGCCCGCUGUUUCUGUGGCUUCCAAUUUGCCAUGGAAAACAUGCAUUCUGAGAUGUACAGUCUCUCCUCGCUGACAGUUAUUAUUAAAGAUUCCAAAGAAAGGGAAUUUCUCUUCAACGCCAUCGAGACAAUGCCUUGUGUAAAGAAGAAGGCAGAUUGGGCCUUGCGUUGGACUGCCUACGGGGAACGGGUUGUGGCUUUUGCUGCUGUGGAAGGAAUCCUCUUUCCUGGUUCUUUUGCGUCGAUAUUCUGGCUCAAGAAACGCGGCCUGAUGCCUGGCCUCGCCUUUUCCAAUGAACUUAUUAGCAGAGAUGAGGGUUUACACUGUGACUUUGCCUGCCUGAUGUUCAAACACCUGGUCCACAAACCUUCCGAGCAGAGAGUGAAGGAAAUAAUUAUUAAUGCCGUUCGGAUAGAGCAGGAGUUCCUCACGGAGGCCUUGCCUGUGAAGCUCAUUGGGAUGAAUUGCACAUUAAUGAAGCAGUAUAUUGAGUUCGUGGCAGACCGACUUAUGCUGGAGCUAGGUUUUGGCGAGGUUUUCAGAGUAGAAGAUCCAUUUGACUUUAUGGAGAAUAUUUCACUGGAAGGGAAGACUAACUUCUUUGAGAAGAGAGUAGGCAAGUAUCAGAGGAUGGGAGUGAUGUCAAGUCCAACAGAGAAUUCUUUUACCUUGGUUGCUGACUUCUAA